ACAGAGCUGAUAGUGAGAGUGUUUCAGAGAGUGUGAAGGAGCUGAGGAGUGAUAGCAGAGCAAGAGAGCACAAGAGCGAGAGAGAGAGCGCGAUGGCUGAACCCGUACCUCACCUGCACCUGGCAGAGCUCACCGCCUCACAGUUCAUGGACGUGUGGAGACACUUCGACAGCGAUGGUAAUGGUUUCAUCGAGGGUCAGGAGCUGGAGGACUUCCUUGAGGAGCUGGAGUCGGCACGGAAAGGAGUAAACGCUGAGCCUGUAAAUGCUUCAUUAAGAAUGAAGAUAAGUGACUUCAUGCAGAAAUUCGACCAGAACUCUGAUGGGAAGAUUGAGAUGUUAGAGCUGGCUCAGAUCCUGCCGACAGAAGAAAACUUUCUGCUUUGUUUUAGACAGUUUGUUGGGUCCAGUGCCGAGUUCAUGACGGCUUGGAGGAAAUACGACACCGACCGCAGCGGAUACAUCGAGGCCAACGAACUGAAGGGUUUUCUAUCCGACCUUUUGACAAAAGCAAACCGACAGUAUGAUGACAAGAAACUGAACGAGUACACUCACACUAUACUGAAGAUGUUUGAUCUGAAUGGGGACGGAAAGCUCGGACUGUCAGAGAUGGCAAGGCUACUUCCUGUACAGGAAAACUUUUUACUGAAGUUUCAGAGUUUUAAACUGUCCUCGGAUGAGUUCAGUGCCAUCUUCAUGUACUACGAUAAGGAUGGGAACGGCUACAUUGACGAACACGAGCUGGAUGCUCUGCUGAAGGACCUCUACAAAAAACACAACAUGGACUUUGAUUCACAGACUCUGGCCAGUUCCAAGAAGAGCAUCAUGGCUCUGUCUGACGGAGGAAAGCUAUUCCGCACUGAGCUGGAGAUCGUCCUGUGCAAGGAGCCAUCAAACUGAUUCGGUCCCUUCAUCUCUCCUGAACCCCAGACCUCAGUAUUAAAUGGCUACAGACACCAUUCUCAAAUUUCACUACUAUCACACCCACUUUGGGUAUGUGAGAGUACAAAAGGUGAAAGAGGCAAAAGAUGAGAUAAGAUGUUUUAAUGUAUUAAUGAUUAGUUAGUUCACACACAAUUAUCAAGCAUAAUAUUAUAAUAACAACAUUCCUUGUUUCUACAUCUUUUAUCCAUUUAUGCAGCGCCAAUGAUCAUAUGGGACACUUUGUAGUUCUAUAAUUACAGACUGUAGUCCUGUAUCUGUUUCUCUGCAUACUUUAUUAUUACCCUCCUUUUACCCUGUUCGUCAAUAUUCAGGACCCCACAGAAGUCCUAUAGGAAGGGUAUUGUGGUUGCAGUCCUCUGGGCAGAGUCAUGUGGGCCUGGUCCUGUGGGCGGAGUCCUGUACCCUCUGAUGAAAGACUAGAGGAUGAGCAACACUGUAAAAACUGUGCAGCAACAGAUUCAGAGCUUCUGUCUCUGACUUUACUUUACCUACAAGGUGUUUCAGCUGUAGGCAGGAGUGUGUAAUAGAGUGGAGGACAGUAAGUGUUUAAACACAGUGUUUAAAAACUACAGCAGCACUGCUGUAUCUGAUCCACUCACUGUACCAGAACAACACACACUAACACCUCAUACACCACCACCAUGCUAAUCACUGCUAACCACUGCAGUGCUAAGAAUAACUACCAACCAUCCGAAUAAUAAUAGUAGCUGCUCUGUGGUGGUCUAUCCAGUGAAGCCCUGAGUAUUGAAGAACAAGGUGAAAGGAGUAUAAUAAAGUGUGUAAAGUGUUCUAUAUGAUUAGUAAAGCUGAUAAGAUGGAUAAUGGGUGUAGAAACAAGGAUGUGGUCAUACUAUUAUAAAUAGUGCAGUGUGGGAAUGGUCACUGCAGCCACAUUGUUAACCAAAUUUGUUUAUUCUGAUCUCUGACCUUUUACCUUUACCCUGACCCCAGCUGACCUUUUACCUUUACCCUGACCCCAGCUGACUUUGAUGCAUGUUCUCAAACUCAACCAGCAAAUCAAGCGUUGAUGCUGAUCACUGUGGCUUUAACCCCUCCCCCUGCCCUGCCUACCUGAUGAUAUUCACACAGCUAGCUCAUCUUUAUUUAUCCUAAACUCACCGUGGUUGUCUGAAAAUGAAUAUACUGUGAUUCUUAUUGAUUAUUUAUUUCAUCAGAUAUUUUUCUGUAAAUCAGACUUAUUUAAACUCCUCUCCUUAAUUAAAUACAUUUUUUUUUACCAAAUGUUCCAUUCCUGUAUUAAACUCUGCUGUACUGCCCCCUCUCUUUCUCUUUCUCUCUCUCUCCCUCUUUCUCUCUCUCUUUCUCUGCCUUAUAUUACAUCAUUGUUUCCAGAUGUUUUGCUGUUUCUUGUCACAUUUAAAGCUGUACGUAAUAAAUACAGAGAUGAAACUCAA